AUGUUUGACCGCGCGUUAUUUCUUACACUUAUUGUUGUUCUACUGUUCUGCGAAGCUGAGAAUAGCCUGUUAUCCAAUAUCGCUGAAUCUACGCGGCAGUGGAUGGACGAUAUAACAAAACUUCCGAUUGUCCAACAAGUCUCAAAAGUAUCGGGAGAUGUAAUGUCGCAAACUACUGACGUAUUAACAAAACUACCACUUGCCGUGGCUCGAUCUCUUGAUCUUGAUGAGAUAAAAUUUCCAAUGUUCAUAAGCGACAGCAAUGUCGUGGAACUGACAGAUCAAAUCAUCAACGAAUUCAACGUCGGUCUUGAUAACAAAGACAUCACAUUAAAUAUGAACGAUUUAGUGACAAAAUAUGGCUAUCCGAUAGAGAGACAUCAGGUAACAACCAAGGACGGAUAUGUUUUAUCAAUGUACAGAAUUCCAAACAAUGGGUCCGUAGUAUUCCUGAUGCACGGUCUACUAGGAAGCUCUGACGAUUUUGUUGUAGCAGGCCCAGAGAGUGGACUGGCUUAUCUUUUAUCAACUGAAGGGUACGACGUGUGGAUGGGCAACAGCCGUGGCAAUAAGCACUCACGCCAACAUCUAAUCCUGGAUCCUUCGCAGUCAGCCUUCUGGGACUUCUCCUGGCAUGAGAUAGGAUGUUACGAUUUGCCAGCUAUGAUAGAUUAUGUGCUCCAAGCUACUAAGACGAACAAACUGAAAUACGUAGGUCAUUCGCAAGGGACAACGUCGUUCUUCGUAAUGGCUUCCGAAAAACCUGAAUACAAUAGCAAAAUAUCUCUUAUGGUCGCGUUGUCACCUGUGGCAUUCAUGACGCAUGUGAAAUCACCGUUAGUGAAACUUCUAGCUCCAGGGACUCCAUUAGCCCACAGCAUGAUGCAAAGCCUGGGUGUUAGCGAGGUUCUACCACACAAUCUUGCGUCAAGGAUUUUGAGACGGGUGCUAUGCGGUAUUGGACCGAUGGCGGAAAUAAUUUGCAGUAACCUUAUUUUCCUCUUCAUUGGGUUUGACUUUGGACAACUAAAUGUUACCAACCUGCCGGUGUUAUAUAGUCACAUACCAUCCGGUGCAUCUGUUAAGCAAUUCGCUCAUUACGGUCAGGGUGUUGUAUCGGGAGAUUUUAGAAAAUUCGAUUAUGGGGAUGUCAAAAAUUUAGAUUUAUAUGGGUCGAAUGUGCCACCUAGUUAUAACUUGGAAAAUAUCAUAGCGCCGGUCUCAAUAUUCUAUAGUGAAGCGGACUGGUUCACUGACCCGAGGGAUGUACAUAAACUGUAUAGAAGGCUAGGAAAUGUAAUAGAAUUAUACAAAGUUCCUUAUGACCAUUUUUCACAUUUAGAUUUUAUUAUAGCCAAAGAUUUUAAGACGUUAAUUUAUUCUCGGCUACGUAAAUUGUUGAGGGAUGUUUAA